AUGGAGGCGCAGCGUGCAGCAGCACGGCGAUCGGAGCUGCUUCGGCAGAUGCCAGCUGCGUUGCUGCAGCAAGUGCAGCAGCAGCUGCAGCAGGACCCGCUGCUGCUGAAGGUGCUGCAGCGCCGCGGGUGUGACGAAUUUCUGGGGGAGAGAUUUGCAGUGUAUGGCCACCAGCUGCAGCAGCAGCAGCAACAGCAACAGCAGCAGCAAGACCUUUUUCUAGAUCUGGUCUGGUAUAACAGACGGGGCUGCAUGCGGCUCUGUAUCCCCAGGGCACCCGAUUUGCUGCAGCAGGUGAUGGAGCACUUCACUGCCUGCUACGUGCAGGAGCAGCAGCAGCAGCAACAGCAGCAACAGCAGCAGCAACCGACCGGGAAGCAACAGGGUCGGAACCGCUUAAAGCCGCCGCAGCAGCGACAAAACUGCACCAAGAGCAGCUGCAACGGGAACAAGGGGAGGCAGCCCAGGGCUGCUGCUGCUGCUGCACUUGAACCUGUUAGCAGCAACAGCAGCAGCAGGGGCUGCUGCUGCGGGUGUGGCUGCCUGAGUGCUGUCUGCCCCUUCCCAGAGCUUCACCGGGAGCAGCAGCAGCAGGCGAACCGCAGAGGCAGCAGCAGCAGCAACAGCAGCAGCAGCAACCAGCAUUCACUGGAAGACCUUUGUUGCAGCAACUUGUGUGCUUCGUUGCUGCUGCAGCAGGUUGCAGCCUGCUGCUACUGGCCCAACAUGCGAGAUGACUUGGAGCGCUUCCUUCGCCAGCGCAAGUCCAGCAGCAGCGGCAGCAGCAACAGCAGCAGCAGCAGCAGCAGGAGUACCUGCAGCAGCACAUGCAGAUGGAAGCUACCAAACAGCAAAACAGAAACGGCAGCAGCUGCAUGCGCUGAUAGCUGCAGCAGCACGAAGACCAGAUGCACGCCGCCAGCAGCAACGGUGCCAACAACAGCAGCAACAGCAGCAGCAGCAGCAACAGCAGUCUCUCCAGCUGUUGCUGCAGAGAGCCAUGGCGUUAUAUCCCGCCGCCGGGAGGUCCAGCUUGGCGAUCUGCUGCUGCACUCAGCAGCAGCAGCAGCAACAGCAGCAGCAGAUUCUGGGGUCCUGGCAUCCCCUCGUGGGGAUGUAGAGGAGCAGCAGCAGCAGCCGCAAGCGCAGCAAGCUGCGUCAAGCAGCAGCAGCAGCAGCACCAGCAAGGACGACUGGGUGCCUCUCCAGGUUUGGGUUCGCCGCAGCACCGCUGAGCUGCUGCAUGCAUUGCCUGCUGCUGCUGCUGUUGCUGCAAUCCCUCUGCUGCCGCUGAAGCUUGAGGGGGAGUUGCUGCUGCUGGAUGCCAACAAGGCAGCAGCAGCAGCAGCAGCUGCUGCUGCUGCUGCAGAAACUGCAGAGCAGCACAGAGCAGCUUGGAGGCGCAUGGAGCUGCAUCUUGCUGCUGCUGCAGCAGAGGUGACAUUGGCUGCUGCAGCAGUAAACGAUGCUGCUGUAACUGCAGCAGCAGCAGCAGCAACAACAACAGCAGCAAGGAUAGUGCCAGAUAUCGGAGCAUCACCGGCGGGUGCUGCUGCGCAAACAGCAGCAGCAGCAGCAGCAACUGAGCAGCAGCUGCAGUGGGCUGCUGAGGCUGCUACUGCUGCUGCUGCUGCUGCUGCUGCUGCAGUGCAGCAGCCCCCCCCAGGAUUCGAAGAGGUUUGGGGGGCCCCUGCAGUCUCCUCUCUCUGUAACUGGCUCUCCACGAGCGUACCAGAAGCAGCAGCAGCAGCAGCAGCAGCAGCUCCAGCAGCAGCAGCAGCAGCAGCGCGAAAAGAACAGCGACGAGCCAGUUUGUUGGGGGAGGACGAACUGUUGCUGCAUCCUGCACAGCAGCAGCAGCAGCAGCAGCAUGAGUGGCAGGUGCAGCAACAGGCGCAGCAACUGAUGCACGACCUGCUGCAGCAGCAGCUGUUCGGCCUGGAGCAGCAGCAGCAGCAGCACCAAAAGGCACAGCAGCAGCAGCAGCACAGCUGGGGAUCUCCAUUUGCAGCGGAGCUGCUGCAGCGCUUUCCGGCGUAUCCUUCAUCAUCUCCUGUUGCUGCUGCAUCUGCUUUUGCUGACAGCAGCAGCAGCAGCAGCAGUUUGAUGCCACUCAGUAGCUGUUUAGGGCUCCGUCAGCAGCAGCUGCUGCAGCUGCCUCUGCUAGAGGAGGCACAGCUGCUGCAGCACCAGCCCGCUUCUCCUGUUGCUGCUGCAGCUGCUGGUGGUAUCUUCAGUUGCACUUUCAGCAACAGCAACAGCAGCAGCAGCAACAGCAGCAGCACCACCAGCUGCUGCACUUCCACACCGCUUUCGUCCCCCACCGAAGCCUCAACGUUGCAGCCCCAGCCGCAGCAGCAGCUGCAGCACAUCGCGCAGCAGCAGCAGCAGCAGCAGAAGCAGCAGCAAGAGGCCUUCGAGGCAACAGCUGAGAGUCGGCACCACACCCCUGUACACCCAGAAGCAGCAGCAGCAGCAGCGUCUGCGAAGGGAGACUCACAGCAACAGGAGCAGCAGCAGCAGCAGCAGCAGCAGCUAUCAGACCCUUGGAAGCACCGACGUUCACUGUUGGCGUUUGCCUUUGAUGUAGCAGCAGCAGCAGAAAUCAAUAGCGACCAGGGACCCUUGUGCGUCGUGCGCGUCUGCGAGGUAGCGGACAUACCGCGGCUGUAUUUGUUCAUUUGCUGCUGGCUGCAGCAACUGCUGCAGCAGCAGCAUCAGCAGCAGCUGCAGUUGCCGAGUCAGCAGCAGGCGCUACCGAAGCAGCAGCAGCUGCUGCGGCAGCAGCAGCAGCAGCAGCAGCAGCAGCACCAAGAGGAUUUAUAUGAGGAGGUAUCUGUACACCGACAACACCUCCCUGCACCCCUCUCCCUGUGUUUGCCAGUGAAGACAAGAGCAGUAGCAGCAGCAGAAGCAGCAGCAGCAGCAAGAGCACCAGCUCCUGCAAAUGACUCAGAGGCGCCAACAGUACUGUCGGGUGCAGCAGCACCAUUAACAGCAGCAACCGCAGCAGCAGCAGCAGCAACACUAUUGCAGACCGAGCGGCUGUCUCCCCUUGUAUGGCUGGCCCCGCUGCUGCACAAGAUCGAAGCAGCAGCAGCAGCAGCAGCAGCAGCAACAGCCGCAACAGAGCAGCAGCACCCAACUCUGCUGUAUCUGCUUCUUGAUUUGUUCUCGCCGCUUACAAAAAAUAUUGCAGUGCUGCAGCGCGUGACAGGCAAGGGGUCUACUGGUGCCUACAGCAGCACUAGCAGCAGCAGCAGCAGCAGCAGCGGCAGCAGCAGCGGCAGCAGCAGCAGCGGGGCGCCUCCGUUCUGGGCAUUCGUGGGGCCAACACAUGGCCUGUCGGAGGCUGCAGCCGUCGUGCGACCUUCUAUUUGCAGCAGCUGCAGCAGCAGCAGCAACAACAGCAGCACCUGCUGCUGCAGUGGUGCUGCUGAUGUAGAGCUAGCCCUCGACUUCGUCUUGGGAUCGCUCAGGUUUGCAUGUGUUGCUGCUGCUGCUACUGGCAGCCGCAACGUGGUGCUGGCUAUUACAGAUGGAGUUGCUGCUCCUGCUGCUGCUGCUGCAGCAACAGCAGCAGCAGCUGCAGCAACAGCCGCACCUACAGCAGCAUCCAUACCAACCUCACCUGCACCACCCCCAGCAGCAGCAGCAGCAGCAGCAGCAGCAGCAGCAGAUCCGUGUUGGGGACUGAAGGCACUAGGGAGGCGCAUGUCUCCUUUUGUCUCCUCCCGGAGGGCUUCGCAGCUUGCUGUGGCUCUAUUGUGUUAUCGUGCUGCUGCUCGCGUUGCAGCAGCAGCAGCAGCAGCAGAAGCAGCAGACGCAAGAGCAGCAGCAGCAAAAGCAGCGGUUGAAGCAGCACAAGAUAAACUCUGUCAGGGCAGGGGAGCUGUUCAGAGGCUGCACCGAUCUGCUCUUGAAGCAGCAGCAGCAGCAGCAGCAGCAGCAUCAGCAACACCAGGUGACCCAACACAACCGCGAACGCGCGCAGCAGCAACAGCACCAGGAAGGGCUGCUGCUGCUGCUGCUGCGCUGCAGCAGCACGAUGCUGCUGCACAGCGGCUGCUCGUCCGGCGUUUGCUGCUGCGGGCCCUGUUGGCGCUUCGUAGCUGCUGCAGCAUUCCCCCUUCAUUCGAGCAGCAGCAGCAGCAACAGCAGCAACAACAGCAGCAGCAACAGCAGCAGCAACAACAGCAGCAGAAGCAACAGCAACAGCAACAGCAACAGCAGCAGCGGGCAGAGUAUCCACUGCAGCAGCAGGAGACGAGUAUCACGUCUCCUGCAAAUAGAGACUCUCCAGUUCCUGCUGCUGCUGCUGCUGCUGCUGAUGCUGGUGCGGGACCUUCGUCUCGUGUUGCUGCUGCUGCAGAUUGUACGGCUGCUGCUGAUGCUGCUGCGGGGCCACCGCCGGAAAAGAUAGCAGCAGGUGCAGCAGCAGCAGCUGCAGCAGCAGCAAACAGUUUCGCAGGACCUGCUCAGGCAGAGUGGAUGACGAUGGCUUCGGUGUACGAACACCUGGCUGACACAUUCCUGCAGGAGCACGUGCAGUUAGAGAGACAGCAGCAGCAGCAGGAGCAGCAGCAGUUGCUGCUGCAAGAAGCAGGUGCAGCAACAGCAGCAGCAACAGCAGCAGCAGAAGCAGCAGCUGUUGAGAUGGAAUUUCUGCAGCUCCGCUGCCUUUCGCGUGCAGGACAGUUGCUGAUGGAGGGCCUACGGUACGGAGCAGCAGCGAGUCGAAGCAGCAGCAGCAGCAGCAGCAGCAGCAACAGCAGCAGGAACGGUGCUGCUGCUGCUGCUGCAGCAGUAGCGUGGGAUCAUCAGCGGCUGCUGCUGCUCCGCCGCCUACAAGGGAAGCUGCUGCGGUGUCAUAUGAGCCUUGCCCAGCUGCAUCUCUCGCGGCUGCGGGUUGAUGCAGCAGCAGCAGCUGCUGCUGCAGCUGCUUCUGCUCCUUCUAUUGUUGUUGGUGCAGCAGCAGCUGGUUCAGCCUCUGCUGCUGUAGCAGCACCCUCUUCAGGUGCUACUGCUACAGCUGACGUUGCUACAGUCUCCUGCAGGGCAGCAGCGCGAUCAGAUCCUAGCAGCAACAGCAGCUGCAGAAGCAGCAGCAGCAGUAGCAGCGGGAGCACUACUCUCUAUUCCCAGUUGGAGGGGGCAGGAAGGGGCCUCCGCCAUUUGCUGCUUGCCUCGUGCUUUAUACCCCCACAUUCGUUUGGCAGCUGCAGCAGCAGCAGUUGCAGCAGCAGCGGCAGCAGCAGUUUGUGCGGCAACAGCUGCAGCAGCACCAACUGCUGCUGCAGCUGUGGGCUGGGGGCAGCGGAGCUCUCGCUGCUAACAAAAUCUGUAUAUCUAUCGGUUGCGGAGGUGUUUGUGGCUUUAGGACAGGCGCUCCCUAGCUGCUUCCAGCAGCAGCAGCAGCAGCAGAAGCAGCAGCAGCAGAAGGUAUCUUCUCCAGGUGCUGCUGCUGCUGCUGCUGCUGCUGCUCUUUUCAAGGCAAUCGGCAGAGACCUUGACUCGCUGCCUGCUUGGUGCUCACCGCCGAUCCCCAGCAGCAGCACCACAUGUUCUGCUGCUGCCGCUGCCAGCAGCAGCAGCAGCAGCAGCAGCAGCAACUACAUACUUUGGGGGCCCCCGCUACUUCCUUGCACGUCAGCGACGGUUUCUCCUGAUAAGGAGCGGCUGCUGAACAACGGCGUGGCAUUUUGCUUGCGAGUGCUGCAGCAGCAGCAGCAGCAACAACAACAACAGCAGCAGCAGCAGCAAAAACGCCAAGAGAGGAAGCCUGAUAAUUGUAGCGGGAGGCGCUGCAGCACGAGCAGCAGCAAACAAGCAGAGCGAAGGCACAGUAACAGCCAUGGCCAGCAGCAGCAAGAGCAGCAGCAGCAGCACCAGAAACUGCUGCUGCUGCAUAAAUGUCUGGAUGCGCGGGCGCAGCAGCUGAUGGCAGCUGCUUAUGCUGCUUUGGGCUGUAUGUACACCUCAACAGGGAGAAGAACUAGAGCUCUUAUCCAUGCGAAGCAGGGAGCAGCACUAUUUGCUGCCGUUGGCGACGUUGCUAGCGCUGCGCGCAUGCAGCUGAUGCUUUGCUGCAUGACUCUCUACCCUCUUUUGCUGUACAACUCCGACCAGCAGCAGCAGCAGCAGCAGCAGCAGCAGCAGGAUGAGUUGAAUCCUGCUGCAGUUGCAGCUGCCAUUGCUGGCGGCAGAGGGCGCUGCGACUCGCAGCAACUGCAGCUGAUGCAGCAGCAGCAGCUGCUGCUGCAACGCGAACUGGACUCCCUGGAGUCCUUGGCGGAAGAGGAACCAGCAGCAGCAGCAGCAGCAACUGGGGCUAUGGAUCCGUGGCAGCUGCACGCAGCAGCAGCAGCAGCAGCAGCGGAAGCAGAAGAGGUUGCUGACAGCAUCCGCUGUCUGUUGGGGGCCCUGCAUUUGCGUUUGGGGGAGCAAGACUUGCUGCGCGCUUUUGCUGCUGCUGCUGCUGCUGCUGCCACGGAUUUGCUGCCGGAGACAGAGCGGAGUGCAUGCGCUGCACCUGGAGAGACGGCGGAGCUGCUGGCUGUUAUAUCUCUGCUGCUGCUGCGCCGAAGCACCCUCAGCAGCAACAGCAGCAGCAGCAGCAUGCUGCAGCAGGCAGUGAGAGGCGGCAGCAGCAGCCUCAUCGAUAGGGAAUCGCUGCAGCAGGCGCUGCAGCACAUACAAACGGCCAUGCAGCUCUUGGCGUCGACGGGCAAAAGCCAGCAGCAGCAGCAGCAACCGCAGCAACAGCAGCAACAGCAGCAGCAGCAGCGGCAGCAGCUGCGUGCUGCCCUCCACGGUUUGGCUGCUGCGGCGUUAGCGGCAGCUGUGGGUCUCCCCCUCUGUGAGGAUCUGCCGCAGCAGCAGCAGCAGCAGCAGCAGCGUAAGCAGCAGCAGCAGCAACAACAACUGCUGUUGCAGCAGCAACGGCGCCAAGUAGGGCGGCUGCUGCAGGCAAUGCAGCGACGCCUCGAUGAGGCAGCGCAGCAGCUGCGCGAGUGGGUGCUGCUGUGGGGCCAGCCUAUUUUGGCGCAGCAGCAACAGCAGCAGCUGCUGCAGCAACAGCAGCAGGUGCUGCUGCAGCAGCUGGUUAAGCGCGCAUGCAGCACCUUCGCUGGCUGCUGCUAUGCCCUGGGCACCGUAAGAGCAGCACAAGGCUGCAAAUGGAAGGGGAAGCAGCAGCAGCAGCAGCAAGAAACACUCCUAGCUCUUCGUGCUGCAGCAGAUGUGGGGCUGUUGGUUCCUCCGUUUCUGAGCAGCAGCAGCAGCAGCAACAGCAGCAAGAUGCUUUUGCUGCUGCAGCAAGACCCCUGUGUGAUUCGCGCUGCAGCGUCAAGAUUUUCGGCGUAUAUGUCGCUACCAGCAGCAGUUGCUGCUGCGGGGAGCUCGUUGCUGCUGCUGCUGCAUGCAGCAGCAGCAGCAGCUGACAGCAGCAACAAAGAAGCAACAGCAGCAACGAGCUGCUGCAGCAACAUGAACCCGAGCAAGAUCUGCUGCAUCCUUUCUGACUUCGAGCAGCACCUGCUGCUGCUAAACCCACCCUCACAAACAGCAGCAGCAGCAGAAGCAGCAGCAGCAGCAGCAGCAGUGAACGCCGCUUCUCCAGCAGUCGGUUCUCUUGGAAAUCUGCUGCUGCAGCGACAGCAUCAACAACUGCAGCAGCGGCAGCAGCAGCAGCAGCGGCAAGCGUUGCUGCUGAGUGCCUGCUUUAGGCUGCUGUCUGCAGAGAGCAGCCAGGGGCAGCUCCUUACAGUGGAUUAG